ACUUCGGCAACAGUCGUGCAGUGGCUCUCGCACCGAGUGGAUCGCGGAUCGUGUCUUUCGUUGGAAAAUCCGCUGGUAGAAUGACGGUGGGCCGUGUCGGCAGGGCCGUGCUCGUGAGGAAACGUUAAAGACGCUCGUACAUGGACUAUCAUCAUCCUAGCCGGCCGGCGGUGUUACCCCGACGACGUGGUGAAGCUGCACCAGCUCCGGAGGAUUGUACUCAAGGGGAGAAAACAAAGUCCGGAAUAGCGAACCACCCUAUCUCGCACGUGAUCUCGUACUGGAAAAGAGCGCCCCCCGGCGUGGCCGUAACGUGGUGUGAAUGUACAGUGGGUGUGCUGAUUCCGUCGUACCUGUUGCGUUUUAAAUUUGCAUCAUCGUCGUCGUCGUCGUCGUCGUCGUCGUCGUCGUCGUCGUCGUCGUUCUCCUCCGAAGGAGCCACCACACUCCGAAGGAGGUGCGCGCGCGAUCGAGCCGCAGCACCGGCUAUUUUCCCAGUACGCGACAGUAGCGGCGUAACGAAGCGACCGGAGCCGCCGCGGCCGUCUUCGUCGACGUAUCAACAGGUGGGGACCCGCGUAGCUACAGGUGUAUCCCGGAUGGCGGGGACGUCGGUUACACGAUGACGGAGCUGCAACCGUCGCCGCCAGGAUAUCGCGUCCAGGAUGAGGCCCCAGGCCCAGCUUCCUGUCCCCCGGGGUCCUACAAGUACGCGAGCCACGGCCACGGGAGCGAGACUGCCAAUUUCAAGAGUGCCACGUCGUAUUCUCAGGAAGGCUAUGGCCUUAAGCAGAGUCCGCCUCGACCGGUGGCUCCUAACGAAUACUAUCGUCGCAGAAGCGACGGACGCAGAACCUCCGGCGCGGAGAACGAUCACGAGGGUGGUAGCGGCGGUGGCGGCGGCAAGAAGACUGCAGCCGCGGUUGCCGGUUACAACGACGGUCACAAGAAGAAUACUCCGGGCUAUAAGAACGACAGCGGGUACAGCGAGAGCCUCGGAUUCGACAGCUUCACGCUCGCCCUUAACGAGAGAGACGAAGCGUCGCCACCGCCGACGCCGCCAGUUAGGGAUGCCUCCAGUCUCAAGGGCGUUUGCUACGGCCCGGGACACGAGAAGUAUCCGUCGUGGCCGAGCGCGCCCGAGCGACACCCCGACGAGGAUAUUCACAGCUCCGCACACAGCGGCUCGCAUCGCUCCAAGUCCUGGACCGACCAUACCAACUAUCCGAAGGAGAAGCCAGCCCAGUACACCAGACCACACACGAAGAGGCCGAAUCCUGCGUUCACGCAGCAGCUGAAGACGGUAAUGGAGCGUUGCGAGAAGAUCCCGGCCGAGACUUACGAGUCACGCAACCGAAGUAGCGUCGAGGAAGAGCCGAGGCUGUGGCCGCGCGUAGACCGCGAGGGCAAGGCUCUGGGGGACGCGGAGUACGUGGUCCCGUCGCCGCCCGAGCGGGAACAGCAAUCUCAGACUUUGAGUCACGCUGACCUGGAGGCUUACGUAAGGAGCUACCAGGACCCACAGGUGUCUCAGGUGGACCUCUACCGCGAGACGACGUUGACGCAAGCGGGCCUGGAGGAGUACACGAGGGUGCAGCAUUCUCAGCAGGCGAGCUACGCGCAGUCCGAAGGGUAUCACAGUUACGUGUCCAGCGUGGACUCCACGACGAACACGCCGUUUCUCGACAGAUUGAGGAGAGACAGCGAGGCGGUGGCGCAAAGGCCCGUGGCUUCCUGGGAAGACACCUCCCGAGAGGGAAGAGACAGCGUGGUGACUACGUCCAGCGGCAGCGCGUCCAGCAGCGAGACCCUAAAGUGGCACGGCUCGAUGUCGGACGUCAGCGUGUCGAGCGGCAUGCCACCUCGCCAAGGGGCCUCGGAUCGAUGGCACCACGGCUCCAUGUCGGAUGUCAGCAGCGUGAACGGCGGGAUCAUCGGCCAGAAAGCCAGCAACGGCUGCCACGAGAAGUGGCAGAGCUCCAUGAGCGACGUCAGCACGUCCGGAAUGGGCCCGACGACGACGACGACGACGACGAAGGCCAGACACAGCGAGAAAUGGCAACCGGACAAGUGGCAAGUAGUUUCGAUGAACGACCGGAACAAGCAGUCGCAGAGCAGGCCCAGUCUGCCGGCGGUGAUCAGCCAUUGCGCCACGUCCACGUCGAUCCACGGCGAUAUUUGUCAUACGUCGAGCAUGCGAGAGAGCAAGUGGCAGGAGUCCAAUAUCGACGACGAUGACGACAACGAGUCGUUGAGCGACAGCAGGCCGCAGGCGAAUCAGUGGGACACCUCGGGCAGAAUCGAGAGCGACAAGUACGGCCAGCCGAUGCCGCAGAGCCCCACGCGCCAGCAAGUGGGAUCCUCCAGUCCGCAGAGCCCUGACAAUUGGAAUCCCAUUCAUGGAUCGAUGUCCGACGUGAGUCAGAGCAGCGGGCUUCAGUGCAGCAAGCAACUGAUCGCUCACAGCGCGAGAGUGCAGACUCCGCAGAGGCAUCAUUCAGAAAGCGUGCUCUAUCUGGAUCGUGAGCGCAGCCAGCGGAAACAUUAUGCGGUCGGUGUGACGCAGUCGCAGGAAUUCGCGCAAUCCUCGAGAACGGCGCAGCAACCGCAGCUCUCGGUACUCGAGCGCAUCAACGAGCUGGAGAAGCAGCAGCAGCAGCAGCAGCAGCAACAACAAAUGCGCUACACUUACCUGGACCCGGAGAAGCGCCACAGAGUGUCCGAUCCUACCCUCAAAGCGAUCCAAAAGAAGGCGUUGCUGUCCUUCUACGAGAGACAUCAUCAUCAGGCUUCGUGGCGGUCGGAGCCUCAGCUGGCCCAAGGGCCCGCGCCGACGCCCCACAGUCCACCGCCGCAGCCACCUCCUCGACCAAGACCAGCCUCGUCCAGAAGAGCCAGCUCCGCGUCGGAUUACGCCAGCGGCGCGUGGCGGGAGAACGCUGGCAGAUCGCAAACCCAGGGAAACGGCGAUUUGCCGAGUCCCAAGCAUCAGCACAGCAACAGUUGCGGCAGUCUGUCGACGGAUCUGCUGGGCCCGGUAAUAGUCGGGCCGGCGAUCUCGAUAGACGACUGGGUGCCCGAGAGACCGCCGAAAAAACCGCACUUGAAAAACGCCUGCAACGAACGCAUGCCCAGCCCCGACUUGCCACCGCCGUCGCCGCCGACGGUCACGGAGAAUGAGGUCCACGACUGCGACGAUCCGCUGCCACCUCCGCCGCCCGAGCUCAGCGACGAUUGUUUCGCUGAGAGUCCGCGCAAGUGCAACAGCAGCACUAAUAAUAACGGGAACAACAGCGUUCACCAUCAGACGGAGGAAACAACAAAGAUCGGUCGUGAAAGGUCAUGCGAACGACACAAGUCGGAAAGACACUCCAUGAAGAGAUCGAAGCACAGCGGUAAAAGAGAUCACGAGAAGCCCUCGACGGGCAAGUCCUCGCCGAGCUCGACGAAAACGUGCGCGCAGGAGCAGGAGCAACAGCAAUUCGUGAGAUCGUCCGCGGCGCUGAAGCACGUGGACUCGGAGAUGGUGCUGGAGAACGGCGUGUCGGCCGGCUUCGCCACACACAGGAUGGUACCCACUGGACGUUCCAGUCUCAGGUACCCCUCCACUCAGAAGCUCAUGGUGAACGGCAGGAUAGCGCCGACCAGACGAAUAUCCGAGGAUAGGCCCUUCUCGUCGUCGAGGCCCCCGGCCCAAUUGCCUGAUCUUAUAUCGCAAAGAUACAGCGACUCCGGCAACCAGAGGCCCGCGCCGCAAGUGCCGGUGGAGCCGAGGAUCAUUCGGCAGGAGUCGAUGCGAGCGGACGGUACGCGCGUCGACGUGUCCGGUUUGUUGAGAAACGAUUCCGGCCAGAGACUCAAGUCCUCCUCGGGCCAGAGACCCCAACCUCAAGUGCCUAAGAACACGGACAGAAGCGCCGGCAACGCGAAUCCAGCGUCGAGGCCGAAUUAUCUGCCGGUGACGGAGGCCACGAAGAGCCCAUCCAAGUACUUGAAGAGCGGUAGCGCUCACACUUUCUUCAUAGGCAGCCCCGUGAAAACGGGAUACGAGGCCAGCUCGAAGCUAUUCCCCGCGGACUCGAGUCCGCAAAAGUACCACGAGCCGCCGAAAUACGUUCCUAACCAUCACCAACGUCCCAACGACGUGACGCAGAGGAAUUACUACGCCUUGCCGCCCAAGUACGUUGACUUGCCGAAGCAGAAACCUCAGCCGCAGUGCCCGACCGACAGGUACAGCAGCUCGGGCUCCUCCAGCUCGCCGCCAACGCCGCCGCCUUUAGCGCCGCGACAGAACACGCCCGGCAGGAAGUCGCUUCCGCCUCCACCGAGACCCGCUCCGUUGCACGCUCAUCAAGGGAGCCAAUCCAAGGCCUCCUACUUGGCUUACAGACGCGAGCGCGGUGCUCCCGACAGCGAAGGUAGCUACAAGAGAACAAUGUCGCCGACCUCUCGGCUGGACGACUGGCCGCCUCCUAGGGACCACGACGACCCCGUGCUUCUGCGCGUCACGCCGCAUCACCCGUUGCAACAGCAGCAGCAGCAGCAGCAGCAGCAGCAGCAGCAGCAGCAGCAACAGCAUCAUCAUCACCACCACCACCACAACAAUCAUCACCAGCAGCAGCACUCUGACCUCUCGAAAUCGCACAGUGCGGAUGCUCUUCAUCAUCGAUUGGACGAGAGAUCGCCGCCGCAGCAAGCGCAGCAUUCGACGGAGGUGGUGAAUAAGCUGUCGCAACACAAGCUGAGCAAGAAGCUCCAGGCCGGCGACGCGAGGUGCCGCGCCAACAGCGAGAACAACAACAACGACAACCUCGAAGACCGGCAUCAGCACCACCACCAGCAUCAUCAUUACCAAGAGAAGAGGUAUCCGGAGAAGAGACACGAGUACGAGCAGCGCAGGGAGCGGCUGUCGCCGCAGAGCGUGGAGGUCCUUAACGACAGGAACAGGCAGCUGGAGCGAGAGCGUCGGAAGUUGGCAGCUAGCUGCGAGCCCCUACCUCAAAAUAGAGAGAAGCAGCUGCGAGAGAUCGGCGGCCCGCUGCCAAUCGCCGGCGACGAUUUCUUCCGCGAGAGGAGCGCCACGAUCGAGAUGACCUCGCAGAACAUCGAGCUGCUGAACCGUCGGAACGAGAAGAGGAUGAGCAACGCGACGACGACGAGUGGAACGAUAUCCACGUACUCGUCGACGAGCAGCACGACGAUGAUGACGAGUUACGACAACGGCUGGCCGCGAACCGGACACGAGUCGCACAGCUCGAUAGAAGCUGCGAUCUUCGCCGACAGGCCGCCACCUCCGACGAGUUCACCGCCGCGCUCACCGGACAACGUCGAGAGCGUGAGCCCACGAGGAGCUAUUCCGCGACGGUCGGGAAGUUGCUCGAGCUCCUCUUCUUCCGGGAGAUCGAUCGACGCUCGCAUAUCGCCGCGUAGCUUGCUGUCCAGGUCGUCGCCGAGGAACUCCCUGGAGAACUGCCUCGCGAGGAACGAGGCGCGCAUCGAGUGCGGCGUCCCCAACAGCCGGAAAGUCUCCAGCCCGACUCAAACGGAUGACACGGGUUCCUGGAACCUGAGAUCGAGCUCGCCGAGUCACGGGAUCACGGCGACAACGACGACGACGACGACGACGAGUGAGACUAGCUGCGAGGCGGAAGUACGAGCGGAGAGACCCUCACCAUCGUCCAAGUUCCGCUCCGCCGGCGGCCGAUCGCCCGCCUCCUCCAUCUCGAGCGUCUCCAAGACCUCCUCCUCGUCCUCGCCGCGGAACUCGCCGGUGGACGAGGACAAGCUGUCCUCGCCGACGUCGUCGCUGUGCGUGUCGCCUCAGCCGGGCAUCGAGGGCCUGACGCUGGUGCAACGCACCGAGGUCGUGCUGCGGGUGAACGCGGCCACCAGCGACGCCGCCUCGCAGACCGACACCUUGGACGAGACGGAGCUCGACUGCGCCGCCGCCGGCAAAGCGUCGCGGCCGUUUCCGGAGUCGAGGAAGAAAUUACCGGAGGAGAUCGAGUGCGAGGAGCUCAGCAGAGACCUGGCCAGCCAGCUCAGCCCCAACGACAAGCUGCUGCCUAUACUCGUUCCAGCGCCGGAGCACAAGAAACCCACCGACUACGUUUCCGGCCUGUUCAGGGUGGAGGCGACAUUGCAGCCGCGACCGAGGCGGCGGCUCUCCUUGGAAGAGUCAACGGCCUCCUGCGGCGAGGACGCGGACGCGGACGAGAAGAAGCACGAAACGAUACCUUCGGCUCCCGUCACGCCACUGUCGGCUGAUCCUACCAGCCCCCUGUCCCCCACUUCGGCUUACUUCACGACGUCCGAGGGAAAGGCCAGGUUCCUGACGAGAUACUCGCGGGACGUCACGGUAGAGGGAUUAACACGUCAGGAGGAUGCGCCGGCGAUUGUACCGACCAACAGCCUUGACCUUAGGCAAAAAAAGGAGGAACUGAUGAUGCGGCUCGACAGGAAACUGGUGGUCCUCAGGGCCGAGCAGGAGGCUGUAAGGGAGGAGGGUGAGGUAAAUGAGGCCCUGGGCGCGCGAGUCUCCGCGCGCGUUUCCGCCGUGGCUCGUCCGCCGGAAGCGUCCAAGUACCGGCUUCACGUGGAGGAAGUCGGCAAGAUUACGAGCCUUCUUCUCGGUCUCAGCGGCAGAUUGGCUCGCGCUGAGAACGCCCUUUAUGGAAUGCCGGCCGACCACGCGGAGAGAAAAAUCUUGGAGAGCAAACGGGACAAGCUAAUGGAUCAGUUGGAAGAGGCAAAAAUUUUAAAGAGUAACAUUGACAAGCGCAGCGUUAAUGUAUCGGCGAUCCUAGCGAAGUACCUGAAUCAGGAGGAGUUUGCCGAUUACCAGCACUUUAUCAACAUGAAGGCGAAGCUGAUAAUGGACGGUCGCGAGAUACAGGACAAGGUGAAACUGGGCGAGGAGCAAUUAGCCGCGUUGAAAGAGGCAAUCGACUAGUCGUAAUGAUGGACUUACACGCUAAGUUAUUAUGAAAUCAGUUUCUGCAUUUCCAAGCGUGAACAAUGGAAAAAGCCUCGUAUAACGAGUCCGAGCCGACUCGAAAGCAUAGGUUAAGCAUAGGAACGAAAAAUUACGGGGACACACGGAAAUACACAUUGUUCAAGCCUGGUCCAGUAUUGAGAAAAACGUCGGAUUUCCGAGCGGACGUGCAGCUGCAAAUGGCAAAUAAUGCAUUACAACCAAGUAUUACGAGUAUAUGCUUAUGUCCUUUUUACAUGUAACUGUUGGGCUCUCGAUCGUGUCUUUGAAAGGUUUUGGUAUUUAUACCACACGGAAAUUGUAUGUGUUCGAUUGGUUGAACAUUUUUAGAAUAUAUUUUGUUAAAAUUUAUUUACAACAUACCUCCUCUCUCGGGUGAGAAUUUUAUUUAAAGUGUAUAAAUGUGCAUGUUGGAAAAAAGUUAAAAAUUAUUGCUUGAAGCGACAGGUAACGUUAUAGCAAAAAAAAAAGAGAUAUAUUACCCGAACGUUGAGUAAUCUAGUGCACGCGGAGGGUGAGGAAAUUUUGUUCGCGAGUAGAAUAAAAUCAAGUCGAAUCAGUUUCAAUCCGACAUCCUCCCGAGGCAAGUGUGAUCCUGAAGCCUUAAUGCCUAGUCUUUGUUAAGCAUGCAUCGAUUAUGACGUGCUUCCUCGGUGUUUCAUGAAGGGCGCAUGAUGACAUAUCGCCGAUAUAUUGUCGUGUGGCGCGACGAAUGAGAAUGUCACGAGGUAUCUGCGAUACCAGCCAAGACCAGGAAUGUAUGUCUGUUACGCAUUGUGUUUUGGAGAAAAGAGUCGAAAUUAUUAACACGUUUUGCCGUAGCACAGAGAUGCAUCUGUAAAUACAAAUUAGCAGGUACGAUACAUGUAGUCGUUAAAAAGUCUCAACAGCAGCGAAACGUGCGCGUAACCAAAAGACGACGAGGACGAUGAAUCGAUAUUCAGCUUUCAUUGACGUAACGUAAGGAGUAUAAUGUGUACACACGGGACUCUCGUGCGUACAUAUAUCUGUAUUAUUCUUCGUGUGCCGAUCGAUGUUGAUUAUUAUCGAGUAAAACGAUGUUCGACAAUUAGAACUUGUCGGACGAUAAUGAAAGAGAUAUACCGACAAAAAAGUCCAAAUUUUAAUAUAUAUAUAUAUAUAUAUAUAUAUAUAUACAUUAGAAAGAGAGGGAAACACGCGUAUCUAUCUCGAAUUUAUAUUCUUGUGUGCGCGAUUAGUAUCCCGAUAAACGUGCCGAAGAACCCCGCGCGGUGUAACUUUGAUGCAACUUUGAUCGCACGCGAUAAAGAGCGUUCAGAGACGCGCGACUGACGAACAAUCGCGAGUUGCGAAUUCGAAGGAGAGCCCUGCGCGAAGUAAACGCCGCUCGGAGGGCUCGAAGAUGCAAACUGCACUACUGGUCCGCAUAAUAAUUUGUUGCUCGCGGCGCACGAAAAUCACCGGAUUCUCGAUCUAGAAUUACUACGUGGUGCCUUCUUACAUGCGACAUGUGAUAUGAGAGUAAGGGGAGUUCACGUUCUCUCUGCGCGCGGCGCGGCGCCUAAAUAACCGAGCGUUGCCGGCCACCGUGGCAACGCGUUACAUGUGUAUAUAAUAAUAAGUAGGUUAAGCGCAUACACACUCACUCACACUUUCACUCCUUGACACGUGAGACACUGAUACAUGCGUACUCACAUAAAUACUUGUAACAUGCGUACACAGACACACACACACACACACACACGUACGCGUACGCGCACACAUGUACAACGAAGUACUAUUUUUACGUAUUGUUCUAACCCCCGGGGGUCCUCGUGGGCCCUUAUGACGCUUGUGAUGUUAUUUACUCUGUACGACCCCACCAAGGACUCUCGAAAGUACCGCGCGGGAUAUCGCGCGCGUCGUAUUCGAGCCUCCAUGGUGGCCUCCAGCGAGAAAUUUUAUGCCACGGUGACUUUCGACAAAUUCUCAUAUCUCGUCUCAAUGCUGUGCCGUCCCCGUAACUACGUCCCCGUUUGUAACCCCGCGCGUCUUUCCUCCUCUCUGUUAUCGACCGCCACCUCCCCGCUCGUCGCUACAUUCUACCGAGGGCGGAGAAGAGAGACUAACAAGCGCGAAAUCACACGGAGGGAGAGAGAGGUGAUCCUCCGAAUCUUUGGGUUCGGUAAUGAGACACUUACCGUAGCAUCCAAGGAUCUCGAGACGGAAUUCAUCCCUACCGCGCCUCCACGUGAGAGGAUCACGACUCGAAUAACACAUUCGGUUUUGCUCAUCGGUCUCGCGCGCGUUGUAAAAGAAACAUCGACGAAUCCUUCGCACGAUAAACGCGCUCUGAUCUCAGACUCGGUGUAACUCGGGUCGCGGAUAACGAAAGGAAUGAGAGAAGAAGAGAGAGAGAGAGACAGCGUGUUACAAGCCGGGACCGGACUGCCAUGAUGAAAAAGGUUCGCGCAUGAGAAAGACUGAGUACAGGGCAUAAAAUUUUGCGGCAUAAUAGUCAGUUUCUGUUCCUCGUUUGUUUCUCGAUGUCCGCGAAUCGGCUGCGGCGGAUAGUGUAAUAAUCUUGCCGUUCAACCGAAAGAAGCAGCAGCAGCAGCAGCAACAACAGCAGCCACUCCGUUGUAAUGCGUUUGCGAGCAGCGCUGUAUCGCGCGGCGGCGGCGGCGGCGGCGGCGGCGGCGGCGGCGGCGGCGACGCCAGUGUCGAAUACGAUGCGAAAUCGUCAUCCUUCGCCGCCCGCUCGCCGUGGGUAAGACGCGGCUGUUGUACAUAACAAAUUAAUCGAAACAUGGUGCUCUGGAUAUCUAUUUUUUACGAGAAGAAACGUUCCAUUAAUUUGUAAGCUAUCAUUACACCUAAGGACUUAAUAU